GCCUUAGCCACCAGAUCGCUGAAAGCUCAGCUUAAAAAAAUAAUAAUAAAAAUCAGGUUGAGGGCAGAAAGGAAACGAACAUAGCAACCUCCCAGGCACGAAGGAAGCUCCGUAUACACAGGCACGUAGCAUCCUCUGCGUGGAAACAGCAGGUUGUCCCUGACGACCCAGAGGACGCGGAGUACCCCAUACAGGAACUUUAAAGGGGUUGAAAUCUGUUGCCUGUUCCACUAGGAAUAUUGUUUGCUAGGCGCAAGGUGUCUUUUGGUAGUGAGCACUCUCUGCGCAUGCGCAGGUCCAUUCGGGAAUUACUGCCCAGCCGCCGACUAAGUUGCAUUCCUUGAAUCUUCGCAGAAAAGACAAUUCUUUAAUUAGAGUUAGUAAUGUGGACAGUACAAAAUCGAGAGAGUUUGGGGCUUCUCUCGUUCCCUGUGAUGAUUGCCAUGGUCUGUUGUGCACACAGCGCCAAUGAACCCAGCAACAUGUCCUACGUGAAAGAGACCGUGGACAGAUUGCUCAAGGGAUAUGACAUUCGCUUGCGGCCGGACUUUGGAGGGCCCCCAGUGGACGUCGGAAUGCGGAUCGAUGUCGCCAGCAUAGACAUGGUCUCCGAAGUGAACAUGGAUUAUACACUCACCAUGUAUUUCCAGCAGUCUUGGAAAGACAAAAGGCUUUCUUAUUCUGGAAUCCCUCUAAACCUCACCCUAGACAACAGGGUCGCUGACCAGCUAUGGGUACCAGACACCUACUUUCUGAAUGACAAGAAGUCAUUUGUGCAUGGCGUCACAGUGAAAAAUCGAAUGAUCCGACUGCACCCAGAUGGAACAGUUCUCUAUGGACUCCGGAUCACAACCACAGCUGCAUGUAUGAUGGAUCUUCGAAGAUAUCCUCUGGAUGAGCAAAACUGCACCCUGGAGAUAGAAAGCUAUGGCUAUACCACGGACGACAUUGAGUUUUACUGGAACGGAGGAGAGGGGGCAGUAACUGGUGUGAAUAAAAUUGAACUUCCUCAGUUUUCAAUUGUUGACUACAAGAUGGUGUCCAAGAAGGUGGAGUUCACAACAGGGGCAUAUCCACGACUGUCGCUAAGUUUUCGUCUGAAGAGAAAUAUUGGUUACUUUAUUUUGCAAACCUACAUGCCUUCUACACUGAUUACAAUUUUGUCUUGGGUGUCAUUUUGGAUCAACUAUGAUGCAUCUGCAGCCAGAGUCGCACUAGGAAUCACCACAGUGCUGACAAUGACCACCAUAAGCACUCACCUCAGGGAGACGCUGCCAAAGAUCCCUUAUGUCAAAGCGAUUGACAUUUAUCUGAUGGGCUGCUUCGUGUUCGUGUUCCUGGCUCUGCUGGAAUACGCCUUCGUCAAUUACAUCUUCUUUGGGAAGGGCCCUCAGAAAAAGGGAGCUGGCAAAUCAGACCAGAGCACCAGUGAGAAGAACAAAUUAGAGAUGAAUAAAGUCCAGGUGGACGCCCACGGCAACAUUCUCCUCAGCACCCUGGAGAUCAGGAACGAGACGAGCGGCUCCGAGGUGCUCACGAGCGUGAGCGAGCCCAGGGCCACCAUGUACUCGUACGACAGCGCCAGCAUCCAGUACCGCAAGCCGCUGAGCAGCCGCGAGGGCUACGGGCGCGCGCCGGACCGGCACGCGGCGCCCGGCAGGGGGCGCAUCCGCAGGCGCGCCUCCCAGCUCAAGGUCAAGAUCCCGGACUUGACGGACGUGAACUCCAUAGACAAGUGGUCCCGAAUGUUCUUCCCCAUCACCUUUUCUCUUUUUAACGUUGUUUAUUGGCUUUACUAUGUACACUGAGGUCUGUCCGAACGGCUCCAUUUAGACUACUUUCCCUCCUCUUCUUUUUUAACCCUGCAGGUCCCUAGCAGCAACACUGCUGAGUUUUUUGAGGUAAGAGAUUCAGCCAUCCGAUUGGUUUUAAGUCUUGCAUAUCAAUGUCGAUUUUAUUACUGCACCAUGUUUACUUCAAAAAAAACUAUUUUUUUCCAGUCUACUGUGGUCCAGGUUAUCAGCUCUUUAAGAGCUCUAUUAAUUGCCAUGUUUACAAACAAACACAAAGAGAAAAGUUAGGUAGAUAGAUCUUUAGCAGUCUUUCCCUAGUUGCCCUGGAUUUUACUGAUUAAUUUUUUAAAUGAAAAUGAAAAGAGGACCGGGCUGUCCACCUGCACUGCUUCCUGGUAAACUGUAACAAUCUCAUGCUGCCAAAAAACAACACCACAAUUUCCAGGAUCUCAGAAGAAAACACAAAGCCAUUGACAAGUUACAGAUUUCCAGGAAGAAAAACAAAAAGGAGCCUAGAAAAGGAAGGAAGACUCCCCCCAUCCCUAAGUCACCUAGAGUCCCUUGGAGAAGGGCUCCUGGGCUCCCUGGAGCGGAAGGAAGGGCCAGUCAAGGUUAUGUACAUCCUGCCAUCUUCACCUCAAUGUUACGCUGGGUAUUCUAAAAACUGCUUCUUUCUCAGACUUUCCAGCAAAUUUUACAUAAACAUUAGAAUUCAAGUGAUAAACCUGGUAGCCAUUGAGAACAUUUUUUUCUCUUUUACUUAAAAAUAAGGAGUUUGAAGGGCAAUGGUCAUUUUUCUAACUGCCCAUCUCAAAGGAGCAGCCCUGAACUUGUUUCAUUAGGUUGGAACCCCUCGAGGCCAUGCCUGGAAGCUGGGCUCUCACUUCAUUUCCAUAGUUUCUGCUCCAGAGAACGUGAGAGAGAGAGGGGCGUGGGGUGAGUGUGGAGGUGGAGGUGGUGAGAGCUUCAGGGAAGGGACUGAUGAGCAAUUUUUGCUUAAGAAAAAUAUUGCCCUUUCCAUGAGGAAGGCAAGAUUUAUGUGCUGUGAAAGGGUGCCUGGGCAGUUAUCCGAACUGCCAAAUCUUAAAUCAAAUAGUAUAUAUUUCUUUGCCUUCCAGAGAGCAGUAUCUGAUGGUGACAGGCAGGUCACACCAGCCUCAGCCAAGCAUUUUAUGGCUCUGGUCUCUGUGCUGUGCAUUCCAGACAGGAAUGAACGCUUCAGGAGACACGCACACACCCAUAUUGCCAUCAUUCCCCUCUAGAUUCCCAUUUGAAAGAAAACCUUGAAAGUCACAAAGCCACAGAUAAAAACAAUGACAAUGAGAAAAGCACUGGGCCUUCAAACAUAUGCCCCAGCCCCUGAAGAACAGCCCUGUCUACUCUGAUUAAUCGCUGUCACUGCUCCUCUGCCUUAUCUCUGCUCAUGGCUGACUCUGUCAUCAUUCCCAUAGUAAGUGACAUCCUUCACUACCCCAACACAAUUCUAAACACGUCCAACCAGCUACAGUGGAGAUUCUUCCCAAAUUAUGCCAUUGAAAGCUUUUUGUUCUCUGCCAAAGUAUCUAGGAAUUCUCUGUGUUAAUUUGCAAGGCUGAAUGAAACCAUAAGUUGAGUAACCAGUGAUGUAGGUAAUUUGGAAACCGAUCCACAGCUGUGAAAUGAGAGUUAUGAUAAUAAUUUGUAUGUUGACUUCUUUUCAUGAUCUGGCUUUCUCCCUAAGGCUUUAAUGUUUAGGGUCAUGUUUAGGGUCAUGUUUACAAUAGCAUCAGCUGCUGGAAAUUAUAGUCUUAACUGGAAAGAUAAGGCUGAAUUCUUACCGUUCCACCGAAGAAAGGAGGGAGUUAAGAGAGAUUCUUUUAGAAAGCAGUAGGGAGGGUGGCUCCUGUGGCUCAGUA